AUGAUCUUGGAUGCGUUGGAUGAGUGUGACGAAGAUUCGAGGAUGGAACUUGCCGGCUUUUUCAGGGAAUUGGUUGACCAGGCUCACCGGCCUGUCAAGAUCUUCGUAUCCAGCCGCCCAGAAAUUGAAUUCACCGAGAUGGUGAAAUUGUUCAGUUUCAUUCAGAUUCGCACUGCCGAGAACAUGGGAGACAUUAAGAAGUACAUCGAUGCGGCACCAGAAAAGGCCGUGUCACCCCCGGAGGACCACGACCGAAUUAUUCUGCAAAGGGCAGUCAAAUGGUUUAAGUGCGCUCAGAAGCCGUUGACAAUAAAGUUUCUACUUCAAGCCGUUCGAAUCACCUUCUCCGAGAAACAGGACACUACAUUCGUCCUCAAAAUUGACAAAGAGACUUUACAAGAGUCAAGCCUGACCGCCAUGUGCCACCAUUUGAUCGUGAUGGAUCCCCUCCGGCGGUUGUGGAAGUUUUCACACGCAUCCGUCGCAGAAUUCUUUGAGUCAGACGAGCACAGAGAAUGGAUCAGCAACGCCGAACAAGAAAUCGGCUUUCCUGUAGCUGAGAUGGAAAAGUUGACGAUGACACCCGAAGAAGAAAGGCUAGACCGUCGGUAUAAAGCUUACAUGGAUACUCGGUACCAUUUCAAGUUGCUUCGUGGUGCGGAUGUCACAUACACAAGCCUGAAGCUAUACAUCCUAAAGGAAUUAGUGUUAUAA